AUGAAUAAAGGAAUGCUCGGGUAUUACUGUAUCAAUUGUAUCAUGGCAAUGCCACAUUUCACUUGUUAUCCAAUGAUUUUAUCAGAAUCGGAUGUAACGGUCGCAUUACUAAAAAAUAUGGCAGAAAAGGUUGACCUGCAAGCAAACAAUAAUGGACAACAGCAAUGGGGGCAACAGUUCCCGCCGCCAUUCACUGGGAGACCUCCAGGAUCCCAGCAUCCGUUCAAUUAUGAAGAGCAGCACAGAGUCAGGGAACCAGUAUCACACGAUUUUGACAAUGAUUUGGCUCGACAACAGACGACUGCCCCGUUCAUGCAACAUUUCUUUCCUAGAAUAGUUCCGAGUUUACCAUUUCCCGAUUUCACCGAUUACCAACGGUUUAACGGUUUUCAACGAAACGCAUUUUUCCCGACUCCUUUCGGUCCUCAAUUUGUCAAUCCAGCAUGGAACAGUUUCCAAAUCAGCCCAGCUAUGCAUAAUCCAAUGAUGGGAAUGGAUAACUUCAACACACCACAGCAUGGUCAGCAUCCUUCUAUUAAUUCAACAGCAAAGGGAAAAGAAAGUCUCCAGUCAUAUCAAGAGACAUCUUUGACUCAAGCUACUAGUAGCACUCCAGAUAAACCACCAGUUCUUUUAGCGGAAUACAAUAUCAAACAGUCUCUCGACGAAAAGUUUGAAAGCGGAUCCGAAAUGAAAGCGGUCAAAGAUGAGCCAAUGGAGAAUUUGGAUAGCAAGAAGCAGAACGAAGCCAAGACAGACCAUCAGCGAUAUUCAUCCCUAUCUACUGAUAAACAAUUCGAACAGUCGAGAACUGCUCUACCAUCGUUCACCCCGACAUUUUAUUCAGUUCCUGUAGCUCCAUUAGACAUUGCUACCAACAACACAUUCAAGCCAGAAUUGAGCCCGCCUCCCGGCUCUCUACACGAUUGCCAGGUCUGUCUUUCAACUCAUGCAAAUGGUCUUCACUUUGGCGCUCGCACAUGUGCCGCGUGUGCAGCAUUUUUCAGAAGGACCAUCAGCGAUGACAAAUCCUAUGUGUGCAAACGAAAUCAAAGAUGUACAAACGCUAGUCGUGAUGGUACUGGAUAUCGGAAAAUUUGCCGUGCGUGUAGAAUGAAACGAUGUGUGGAUAUUGGAAUGCUUCCUGAAAACGUACAACAUAAGCGCGCCCGAAGAGAAUCCACCGGCUCCACACCUCCUCCACCGAAAAUUGGGUUCGAUAACUUCUUCCCUGGUUGUUUCUAUCCGCCAUUCCAGCAGAACUCAUCAGCCGUUCCAUCUCAACCCUCUACCGCUGAAUCUGGUCGUCCAUCGGUGACCGAAAACAACAGUUCUACAUAG